AUGACGCUGGACGCUGGUGAUCGGGUGCGACGCUUAUGGUUGCUUCGCAACACUUCUUACGCAGCUGCGAUACCAUAUAUGGCGCAGCCUGCUUCCCUGUUGCUACUAGACGCCUGCGCAGACGAUGCGAAAUCGGAAGUCUUGCACACAAAGAUCUUUACUUUGCUGCUGGGCGAACGCUAUCGAUCUCACAAAGAUACUUUGUUCACCUACAGGCAAGGUGCGUGGCAGAUGUCGCCUGGGGGCACUUUGACAGCGGAAGAUCUAGAAUUUCUGACCAUGGCUUUGCGACGAGCGCAAGCUUACUUCGCUCAUCCGAUCGAUCGUUCCACGCUUGCACAAAGACAUCAACAAAUGAAAUCCGGUGUUUUGACGGGAAACCAAGUCACACGUGACUAUGACUCGGUGGCGUGGGAGUUGAAGGUUAUCUUGAGUAUGUCCACAGAUGAACCUUUGUUGGAGUGGCAACUGGGAGAGUUCAGCGCAGCCAAACCAGAGAAACGCUCCAGGCAAUGGUCCCUUGGCUGUGCUGAGCUUGCACGUGAUUUGCGCAAGGCUCUGCAAGACCAUAGCCGAUCACUGGUCAAAUCCUUUCUCCGUUGGUCUGACUCGCCACUGGACGCCAAAAGCUACGCUGGCAUCGCUUUCGCAGAUUGCUCGGGAAAGGCCCACAUGGGCAGCGCCUAUGACUUUAACUUACUGGUGUCUUUUUUGUCACUUCGCAUAGGGUCUGUGCUGGACCGCUGCUUCCCUCGCCAGCGCGUGUUUCCCCACAUGACUUUUUCCUUGCGGGUUGCACGCCGGACCCAACAGCUCUCUGCCCUUUCCAUCUGUUAUGUCUCUACGGCCAAAGGCAAAAUACGACAGAUGAAAAAGGAUGCGCGCCGAGGGUGCUACAUGUUUGUCCCAGCAGCCCUGGCGUGGACACCGCCUGACCACGCCAGACAACGUCUAGCAGCUUUGCUGGUCUCAGCAUUUGCCAAGACCAAUGGUUUGAGCAUCCUGCUGGCACAAGCAGCCCUAGCAGUUUCACGAUACAGACAGCCAGAAGUGAUGCACAUUGUCGUCGGCGCAGGCGCUGAUGGCAAGUCCAUGGUUUGCGUUGAACUGAUGAGAGCUUGUUUCGGCACAGCAUUUGCAAAUCCAGCCUGCAGUGUCCUCCAGGCUCACGAUCGGGUCGAGCGCAAAUGGCAGCAGCAGGCACAUGCCUACUUCAAUGCCAUGAUGCUGACUUUCGACGAAGUUCGGCGAGAAGCCGGAGUUCAGGAAGACACGUUGAAGGUUUUGAUUGCCGGCGGCCUCCUUCCAAUGCGCAGGAACCAUGAGCCAGAAACGCGCUAUCAUAGCUUCGAGUAUUGUGCCAAAACAUGGCUCAUGAACUCCGCCGACAUUCCGAGUCAGCACAAGAACCAGAAACAGCACCAAGAGAUUGAGAUCAGAGUAUUUGCAAGAAGCUUGCCAAGAGUGGCCACAUCUGUUGAGGGAGGACAUGACGCAGUUACUGUUGCAGAUGUCUUUGGGGCAUGGGACGACUGGAAGUGGCCCGAGGAGCAGCCUGGCGAAACUUCUUGGGAUUCUUUGCUUCAAGGUGACGAGCCAGAAAGCUUUCCAUGGUCGGAAUCUACCUGGGAAAUCCAAUGCCAUCUUGAUUUAGACAAGCUGAAGGAGUACGCGGAGAUUGGUGCAGACGCGCGACAGGAUCAACUGCAGCAGUUUGUGGACGCUGCGGAACGCGAUGGCCAGCGCAGCCGGCUGGGACACACGAUUCUGCCACAAGUCUUGAUGCCAUUUCAGCCACCACAAGUGGGCGAGCAAUUGCUGACUGCGUCCGCACGGCACUUGCGCGCGUGGAUGGAACCAACAGCAGAGGAGCAAGCCUACUUGAGAAAAUACAAUGAUAUAGACAUGGUACUGCUCUUGACUGGCGAAGGCAGUCCUUGCGCCCUUCUUGGAACCAGAAACCGUCUGACCAGAAGGCAGAUUAUGGAAGACAUUUGGUCGCUACCACAAAUUCAAGAAUUGCACACAAAGCUCAUCGACCGCAAUACCAACAACGCAGAAUGGUCCGUACUUUCGCACGACGCCACCUUCAAGUCGCUCUUUAGUUUGAUUGGACAAGAAAAGAUGAGCCAACAACCUGGAGAAGCACAUGCGCUCCAUUCACUUUUGGGUCUCACUGGCGCACUUCCUGGCCUUUCUUUGCAACGUUCGGAAGGUCCACAGUGCUUCAAUCAAGCAUUGACACAGCUCCUACCACAAUCUGCAAGGUCUACGACCAGAUGGAUCUUUAGUGAUACGCCCGAUUCCAUUCGAGCUCCGCAGGAUCUCUUUCCGAAUCUGCAAGGUAUUGCCGAGGACCCACUACAUUUCGUUCUCCAUGUCGAAACCUGCUUUGGCGAAAGAGCACGUGCUCCUCAGAAAGCGUUCUUCUUAGUUCUUCUUGAUAUCCAUGCAGCAGUCCGCAGAGAAGGCGAUCUGCAGAAGCGGAAGAGAAGACAGUGGCCGGGCAAGCGGCAACAGCCAGUGCAUCCAGAUCGAAACUACGAGGAAUACACGCAAGAACCAUAUCAAAAUCAUCAGCAGUACGUGCAUGACAUUUUUGACAUCACUUUGAAAUACGCAGAUCAAAUGAAGAAAACGAAUGGAAGAGGAAAGACUCUGAAGCAAAUUCUCAUCAACGGCAGUGCGUACAGUCAUUUCAGAUACCUGCAAAAUGGAAAUAUGGCUGUUUUCUCUUUGACGCAGGAACAAAGAGUUUUGUUUUCCUUUGGAACUGCUGCCAAUGAAGCGCUCCACGCACAGUUCAACACAUCUCAAAGAACCGUCGUACAGCAACACGCGGAGAGCACACAGGUUGUGCUCCAGAGCUUCACUAUGGCUAAGCUCUUGGCUCACCACAGCGCAGCCUUUGGGAUCACUGUAGCCCAAAGGUCGCAAGGACAAAUCCAAGCUUUGUUACAAGGAUAUCUUCUGCUCCCUUCUUCUUCCUUUUGCUUGCCAUUUGGCAAUGAAGACUUGGAAAUGGUGAGAUCUCGUCGUGUGCUACGACGGCCAGUCCAUGCACACAAUGCAGCAGCUGCCACCUCGUAUGUGCAAAGAGCGGCAAUCCAUCGUGAACGUUGGGUUCGCCAUCUCAGACAAAAACCCCGCAGGAAGAAAGGUUGUGUGAAGCGAACCAUUUUCACCAAAAAGAAGCAAAGGCGACUUCGUCGAGGCGAUAGAUAA